CAGCUGCCGCAGUGUGCCAGCGUGGACUCCGACUGACGUCUCAGCCUCAGAGCCUCUCAGACUCAGAGUCUCAGUAGUCGUUCAAUUUCCGUACGGGAAGGUGUAGGAGGCUGCAUUAAGUGAGGCGCCGGCAGUUAACAUUGACACCCUUCGGGACGCUCAAGUAUCAAACAGUCAGCGUGCCAUGGCAAGAACAAUCGUGAACGGAACCCACGUGAAGCUAAACGAUGGGCACCUCAUGCCCCUCCUGGGGAUAGGUUGCUGGCAGGGCGAGCAUAAGCCGAUGUCUGAAGCAAUUGUGCUCGCCCUGAAUAACGGCUACAGGCUCAUCGACACGGCCUACUCGUACAUGAACGAGGAGGCCGUGGGCGAGGCCAUCCGACGAUGGGGAGGAGACAGGAAGGAUAUUUUCGUAACCACAAAGCUGCCAACUAUAGCGCUGGGCGGUGGUCGCGUGGAACCUUUCCUCAGGAAGUCACUAAAAAAAUUAGGACUUGACUACGUCGACUUGUACCUGAUCCACGCACCAGUUGGACUGCAGUACGUCGACGAUGAGACGGUAUUUCCUUUCGACAAGGACGGCAAACUGAUGGUGGAUUAUAGCACCAACCACGUCGCGCUCUGGAGGGAGAUGGAGGCUGUACGCGAGGCGGGGCUCGCCCGGAGCAUCGGCGUGUCGAACUUCAGCACCGCGCAACUGCGGCGCCUCUUCGCUGUGGCCAAGGUGCCGCCUGCCGUGAACCAGCUGGAGAUGCACGUGGAGUUCCAGCAGACGGAGAUGCAGGCCUACAGCCGCGAGACAGGCCUCGUCCUCACCAGCUACGGCACGCUCGGCUCACCAGGACGCAGAGCCAGGAUCCAAGAAAAUUCCCAGGUGCUGGACUGGAGUCUCUCAGAGGAGGCGAUGGCGGCGCUGCGAACCCUGGACCGCGGGGAGGAAGCUCGCUCCUUCAACUUCCUCAAGAACAGAGGGUUUGAGCUGCACCCCGAGUGCCCCGUCAACCGACCUGUGCUGUGAUGCUGGCGUCGCUUGGUAGCGGCUGGCUAGUCUGCGGCGAUCUUUUAUAUCUUUUUUAUUCCAGUAUGGGAACUGUGUUGUCUUCUGUUAUGCGUACUUAAUGUACCUUUUACUUCGAUGAUUUGUUGGUUAGUAUUUUAUUGUCUAUCAUUUGCUGCAAACGAACCAUAAACCUGCACGCGAACGGACAUCUCUUCGUGCAAAAUGUAUGCAUAAAUUUAUUUCGGAGCAUUGUGAAGGUUAACACACAUUUGCGAGGCCUUGUACAAUGUAUAUCAAAUAUCUUCAGCUUUAGGGGCCAGCGGGAUUUUCCUUGCCAUAUACUUUUCAUUCCAUGUAAUUAGCUCAGAGAACGCCAAAGUGUUAAGGUCGGCCGCGUUUAUGCAAUCACAAAAACGUUUAACCUGUUUCACGUUCAUGUAAGUUUCUAUGCAUCUGACUCACCAUGAGAGUAAAUGCGUUAAAACACACGAAGCUAUCAAUAAGCGGCGCCAUCUCGAGCCCCAACUUAAUUCCUACAAUUGGGUAUGUUGUUUUUCUGCAGUGGUUUUCAAUAAUAAUUAUUGUUUUGGAUGAAGCCUUUCUUGUGGGUGCAUGUGUCAUUGGACCUUUUUUGUAAAUUUCCAGACUUGGUGAUGCGGGUGCGUGUGUUUUCUGGCCCGUGGUAAAAAUCUGACAAUUCCGAACUGAAGCCCCAAAAAAAUUUUUUAUAAGAACUAAUUGAACAUAAAUGCUAUGUUACCAGACGUCGAAUCUUACAUAUGUGUAGAUUUUUGUAAAUUAGCGAGUCGUCAGAAUGCAGUAUAAGUAAUUCUCCAUGACCUUCUAAUAUAUCUGCUUCGAAUACUUCGAGGGAAAUGUACUCCAAUGGAUCAGGAAUUUCCUAGUAGGCAGAAGACAAC